UAGUGUCAUACUUUUAAAAGAGGAUGUGUUGAGGAUGUGUUGCUCUAACUGACGUUUGAAUAAAAAGAAGUUAUUCGCACGUUAUAUAUGCGACAGUAGACGUCAGGGAAGUUAGUCUUGUUAGGUUAAAUUCUGAUCGUAUUUAUGUUUCAAGUUCACAAAAGGGACUCAGAGUAGUAGCAGAACUAGUUUUGGUUUGAGAGAAUGAGGAAGAGGCGAGUCGCUCUGCCUGAAUGAUAGAUGGAGGGAACACAUUUUGCGCUUUGGCUGGCAGGAUAAUGUAGCGGAGGUUCACACUCAGACAGCAUGCUUGCCCAGGAGCUUGUCCUGAAGCAACGGACGGAGCUACUACACGCAUUAUGUAGCAGCGGCUCAUCUGAACAUCUGGAGAGGGUCCUGGAUCUACUGUUGGCCCAUGGAGAGCUUGAAUGGGAGGAAUACCAGAACAUACAGAUACCAGGCAGAGCACUGUAUACAAACGCUCGCCAGCUGCUCGACCUGGUUUACACAAAGGGUGCGGUAACCUGUGAAGGGUUGUUAUCUGCUCUCAAACUGACACUGCCAGAAGGGCAGCAUGCCAGCCUGUCCUUCUCUGGAUGCAGUUUAAAUCGAGACAGAAAUGUGUGUCACAAACCAACCAGUGAAAGUCUCCUGAACCGUAGACCGAGCCUCGUCAGGAAGCUGCAGGGAUGCAUCAGUGGUGCUCUAGAGGCUCUAACUCGGUCAGGACAUUUCACAUCAGGGGACUGUGAUGAGGUCCGGCUUCCUAUACACACCCCCUCUCAGCAGGCGAGGCGUCUGCUGGAUCAUGUCCGAUCAAAAGGUGACCCAGCAGCAGAGGUGGUUCUGGAUUUCAUUCAGCAAAAGUAUGGAUCUGGAUCCUCACUAAACCAGGAAAAAGUAGAACUUUCAAAAGAAUUCCAAAAGUUUCAGAAGAAACUGACUAGUUCUGUGUUGGCCCAGUCCUGCUUCCUCAGCACUUACGGCGGAACAAGCCACAUGUCUUUGGAUGAAAUUUACACUGACGUCGAGCUGGAACUAAGUCAUGAUUGCACUGAAGCACCUUUGGGUCUGGAGGAUAUAGUAGGUACAGCAGGUACGAAGAAUGUGGAAGCAGACACUGUGCUUGUGUCUGGAGAGGCAGGUAGUGGUAAAAGCACCCUCAUCCAGAGGCUGCAUUUGCUCUGGGCUCGAGGGACGGCACUCCAGGACUUCCUGUUUCUGUUUCCCUUUAGCUGUCGCAAACUGAACUCAGAGCAGAGAGAACUUUCGGUUCAAGAGCUGCUCUUUCAGCACUGCUGUUGGCCGGACAGGGACCAGGAAGAGAUUUUUCAGUUCAUCCUGGACCACCCACAUCUCAUCCUCUUCACAUUUGAUGGCCUGGAUGAGUUCAAGCAGAGCUUUUCAGACGAGCACAGACUCUGCUGCCCCACUCAACGUGCCCCUGUUCACAUUCUAUUAUUUAAUUUAAUUCAAGGUUCCCUCAUGAAGGGUGUGUGGAAAGUAGUAACUAGUCGUCCAGAGGCAGUUGGGCCUGUGCUAAGGAAACAUCUUCGAAAAGAGGUUUUUCUGAAAGGUUUUUCUCCGAGUGGGAUUGACUGUUUUGUAAGAAAGCAUCACAGCGACCCCACUGUGGCUGCUAAAGUUUUAGGGUCCCUACAAACGAACACAGCUUUGCUUGGACUGUGCCAUAGUCCAGUUCUCUGCUGGAUAGUCUCACAGUGCCAUAGGGAGCUGCUGGGCUGUGAAGAGGGCAGCCUACAGACGAUCACAGAUGUUUACAUGAUGAUUUUACAGCACUUUCUACAGCAUCAGAGACCAGAAAAAACCUCUGUAGGCCUGGGUUGGCUCCAGGAAAACAAAGAAACAGUCUUACAUCUCGGGCAGCUUGCAUUUGAUGGGAUAGGAAAUACCUGUUAUGUUUUUUCAUUUUCUCACUUAAAGAUGUGUGGUGUGAGUGAAAAAGACAUCAGUAUGGGCUUUCUCAUUCUGAGCAAAGAUAUGUCCUUCUCCCACAGCAGACACUAUGAAUUCCUCCAUGUGACCAUUCAGUGUUUCUUUGCCGCCUUACACAUUGUUUUGUCCAGUUGCAGUGAUCGCUCAACAAUACCUAAACUAUUUGAGCUGCAGGACAUGACAGAAUCCGGCAUUGAAUGUUUCAGAGCCUGCUUUCCUGCCACUCACCAAGAACAGCAGGUACCAGGGGACCAAGACACAGCAGUUGAAAAACCAAACUUGCAAAUCACAGCCACCUUUAUGUCUGGGCUGCUGUCUGAUCGCUAUCUGAGCAUGUGGCACCAAAGCUGCCCCAGUACGACACUGGAGAGGAAGGUCAAGCAGGUUUCCAAAUGUCUCUCCAAAGGCCUGCAGAAACACUUUAGGUCUAUACCGCAGCCUGUUGCAGGGGAAAAGAAGAGCAUGCAUGCAAUGCCCGACUUUGUUUGGCUCAUCAAAUGUAUAUAUGAGAUGCAGGAAACCAGGAUUGCCAAAGAUGCGAUGAGUAAGCUAGAAGUGGACCAUCUAAAACUAACCUACUGUAACAUUGGUCCAAUAGAGUGCACUGCGCUGGCCUACGUCCUACAGCAUCUGAAGGGCCCUGUAGGCCUACAGCUGGACAACAAUUCUAUAGGUGACGUAGGAGUUGAGCAACUUCUUCCCUGCAUGCACAUUUGCAAUGCCCUCUACCUUAGAAAUAACAAUAUUACUGAUGAAGGAAUCGGCAAAUUGAUUCCUAAAUGUAUCCAAUGUGUCAACUUCCAAAAAAUUGCACUCUUCAACAAUAAACUGACUGAUGCUUGCACUCAACACUUUUCUCUUCUUUUGAAGACCAAGCAGAACUUCCUCUCCUUAAGGCUGGGAAAUAAUAAUAUUACAGCAGAAGGUGCAAAGCAGCUUGCAGAGGGCCUGAAAGUGAAUCAUUCACUCAAGUUUUUAGGGCUUUGGGGCAAUAAGAUAGGUGAUGCAGGGGCACAGGCACUAGCUGAUGCAUUACAGAACAGUGAAACUCUGCUAUGGCUCAGUCUGGUUGGUAAUGGUGUGGGCAGCACAGGGGCCUGCGCACUUGCUAAUAUCAUCAGACACAGCUCAUCACUAGAGGAGAUCUGGCUCACAGAAAACUGCAUAACAAAAACUGGAGUAGAAUGCCUGAUUCAAGCCCUGAAACACAAUCAACAUGUGAAGUCAUUAUGGUUGAGAAACAACCACCUCAGUUCAGAGGAGGUAGAGGAUAUGAUGCAACGUGAAUCAAGACUGGUUUUCUGAAUUCCUUUUUAGCUGUCAAUAGAGAACAUUAUGUCCCCAAAGGGAGGCAUGACAGAAAAUUAUUGCGAACCACUGUGUUAAUGUGUUUGUGGUAUUUUGUUGGAAUUGUUUUAACACUAAAUAUGUGAAAUUUUACAUAUAUAUUGGAAAAUAAAUGUAAAUAUUUUUAAACCCUAAAAUCCCUCUGGCUGAACAGCUUCCUCUUUGAAAUGGGGUUUUUAUCAUUCAAUCUUCUGAAACUAUUUUAACCUUAUAACCUUUCUGUUGCGUUUUUACUCAGUAUAACUGUCAUAUAUUCAGGGAAAUUCCAUGAUUUAUUUUUGGAAAUGUUUGCAUUUAUUAUUCCUUUGCUGUAAUUACUAAUAUUAUUGAUAAUAGUUAUCGAUUUCAUAAUGUCUCAUUAUUUACUUGAUUAUAGUUAUAAUUUGUCUUUAAUACUAUACUUAUCUUUUUUUCUUUAUAUUACACUUCGAGUGUUUUCCUGUUACAGUUUAAAUAGUUUAUCAGUUCCUCUCUGUUUUGAAUAAAUGUUCUACAGCAAACACCUGACAAGCGGUGCCUGCAUUCCGCUGCAACCGAACUUGACACUCUG